GAUAUCCAUAUAAUACUAAAGACUGUUACAAAUCUAUAAGUUUUCUGAACACGCACCCUAAUCGCUUUCACCCUGUGUGGCUAAGUAUUUGAUGAAAUUUCGGCGCAUAAAGUGCCUAGAAUUCGACGUUGUGGAUUGCUAUCGAUAAGCAUCGUGAUUAAUGUCAGGCAUUGCGAUUGCUAGGCUCGCCGAAGAGCGAAAAGCAUGGAGGAAAGAUCAUCCUUUCGGAUUUGUAGCACGACCAGUUAAAAAUCAAGAUGGAUCUCUUAACUUGAUGAAUUGGGAAUGUGCCAUACCAGGAAAAAAAUCUACACCAUGGGAAGGUGGAUUAUAUAAAUUACGUAUGAUUUUUAAGGAUGAUUAUCCCUCCAGUCCACCAAAAUGUAAAUUUGAACCUCCUUUAUUUCACCCAAAUGUCUAUCCUUCAGGAACAGUAUGUUUAUCACUCUUAGAUGAAGAGAAAGAUUGGAGACCUGCCAUUACAAUUAAACAAAUCCUACUUGGUAUACAAGAUUUAUUAAAUGAACCUAAUGUCAAAGAUCCAGCUCAAGCAGAAGCAUAUACAAUAUAUUGUCAAAAUCGCUUGGAAUAUGAAAAGCGUGUGAGAGCUCAAGCCAGAGCAAUGGCUCCGCAGGAAUAAAAUUGAGUCUCAUUAAAUUCAAAUAUUCCAAUUACACGAAGAGGUUAUCAUAUAUCUAUAGUAUAUUCUAAUAAUGAUCUACAUUUCUUAUCUUUUUUAUAAGUAACAUUAGCAUAUGAUGUAGCUAAUUUACUAUUAUUUGCAUUUUUGUUUUUGUUGACAAAAUUCUUAUAUAUAUACAUAUUCUUUAAAAACAACGCUAAUCUCAUUAAAGCAUAAAAAGAUAUCCUAUUCUGAUUCUGAUGAAAAAUAUUAUUGAAAAAUUUUACAUAAUAUCACAAUAAAUUAUGUUAUCACUUAUUUGUAAAAUGUGGAAAGCAUUUCUUUUUUAAGUUAAAAAAUUUAAUUCUUAAGGCUUAGUGACAAUUAUUGAUAAGUCGUGAAAAUAAGAUAUGUAAGAAAAUUAAAAAACGUGAUAUAGUUUCAAAACAUCUAUUCAUUCUGCAGAUUUUAAACUGUCAAUAUCUUAAAAAAAAAAAAAAAAAUGUAUUUAAAAAUCUCAUAAGCAUUGUACAAAUCGUAAAAUAAAGUAUUCCAACUUA